AUGGAUCAGUGGAAUGUAACUGCCCCACCUCUUUAUCUUUGGAGCUGUCGAGAGUGGAGUGCAAAACACAAGGCAAUAGCUCAAAAGCAUGGUCAUCUGUUCAGCCAACAGGAAAGAUCAAAUUUGGAAAAAAACCACUUUGAAACAGAAACCCCUGAUCCUGUUAAUGGGCAACAUAGCAAUGCUGGUGCAUUAAUAUUGGCAGGUGAUAUUCCCUUGCAAAGUAGAAGGCCACAAGAAUCUAAUUGUGGAGUAGUGAAUGAUGGUCAUGAAGGAUGGCGGCCUUGCAAUAACGGUGACAGAGAAAGCCAAAAUAGUCAUGGCCUUGGGACGAGCCAUUGUAAUGAGACCUCCAGGAAGAAAAGACAAGGUGAAAAAAAGGUUGAAAGAGGAAUGGUCAAGAAAUCGCUGGAGGGCAGACACAAUGGUGGAAAGAAGCAUUCUGUAAGUGAUUCAUACAAUGGAGUGCAUCAUCCUUCUCCACCCAAAUCUAGAUCUGCUGAAAAGCCAUCACCUGCUGACAUCAGUGAAAAUUGUUAUAAGCAUUUGGACCCUAGCUUGUCUGGUUCAUAUACGCAGCAUCAUGGAACACCUUAUGGCGGGAGCUCAGCCAGCAUUCAGGAUGACAUGAAUAGAAGGCACAAGAUGAAUAAUCACGACCCUUAUUUACUCGAAAUCCAUGGAUUGUCCAGUGGUGGCAAUAUGGAGGAGCAAUUUACACGAUGCAUUAGAGAUGGUACACUGGGUAGUGGCUAUAGAUCAUAUGUCAAAGAAUUGGAGAGAGAGUCAGAUAGACAGUCACAAGUUCGCCUUUAUGGGCAAGAUGCUGAUUCUGUUGAAGGGAAUUAUCUAAGUGGGCGUGAUCUGGGAUAUGGCCAUAUGGGACCAGCAUUAGCUAUACCUUAUGGCCAUUUAGGAUCGGCACCAGAACCAUCCUAUAUGAUGAACAUGUCGGCGAUGCAGCGAUAUGCGCCCCGGCUUGAUGAAUUAAACCAUACAAGGAGGAACAAUUUGGGCCCCGAACCAUCUCAGUUGAAUAGAAGUGGUAUUUAUGAUCCUAGAGCACCGGGAGCUGAAUACCAGUUUGGCUCGAUGGGCUUUGCUCCUGGUCAUCAUCCUUACUCACACCGCUCGGCAGGCUGGCUCAAUGAGUAG